AUGACUCUGAACGGAAUCGGACGGUUCGAGCGUCUGAACGAUAUAUCGGUGAAUGUGUACAUCGUCGGAGAGAGACGACACGGGAAGGGCAGCGGCGGCGGAAUUCGCAUCGUCCUUCUUCGUCUGAUGGAUCGAAAGAGGGAGAGACACGUCAAUCUACUGUAUCUGAGCGAUGCGACGCGCGAGGGUAUCGCGGUCGGACAUUUCGCCUGUAUCCGAAAUCUGUCUCGUCUGAUCGGCUUGCAGUUGAGCAAGCGACAGCACAGGACGCACGUGUGUGAUCGAUGUAUGCAUUACUUUCGCACGAGCCAGAAGCUGUCGGCGCACAGCGAGGAUUGUUGCAAGCUGAACGAUUGCGCGAUCGUUCUUCCCGAGCGAAUUCCGUUCGCGGUGUACGCCGAUCUGGAGUGCGCAUUGGAGAGGAAGGAGGGGGACGAGGGCGAGAGAACCAAGAAUACGAGGAUCGUUCAGCAUCACAGAGUUCACAGCGUGGCCUAUUACACGCGUUGCUCCUUCGACGACGCCGCGUCGGCGUACGGAUCUUAUCGCGGCGAGGAUUGCAUCGCGUGGUUCGUGUGCGAGUUGAGCGAUCUGGCGCUUCGCGCGAAGGUCGCUCUCGACGCCGUGGUACCGAUGGCGGAUCUGACGCCGGACGAGCGGGAGAUAUUCGCGGGCGCGUCGCGCUGUUACGCGUGCGAGAGACCGUUCGAGGCCGAUGACGCUCGCGAUCACUGUCACUUGACCGGCCGUUUCAGAGGUCCGGCGCAUUCCGCGUGCAAUUUGAAUUACAAGGACUCCUACGUCAUACCCGUAUUCUUUCACAAUCUAUCGGAUUACGACGCGCACUUCAUUAUCAAGGAUGUGGCUAACGCGUAUCCCGGCAGCGUCGAGUUGUUGCCGGUGACGAAGGAAUCGUACAUAGCUUUCUCGAAGACUUUUUUAGGCGCCGGUCUCGAUAAGCUGGCGUCGUAUUUCGACGAGAGCAAACUGACGAUCGCGCGAGGCGAGUUUCGCGAUCUCUCCGACGAUGGCUUCUGGCUUCUCACGCGCAAGAGCGUGUUUCCGUACGAGUACGUCGACAGCGUCGAGAGAUUGCGGGAGACGCGUCUCCCGCCGCGCAAGUCCUACAGUUCUCUGACCGGCGAUACCGUAUCGGAGAGCGAUUACGCGCACGCGACGCUCGUCUGGAAGCGAUUUAGCGUCAAAACGUUGGGCGAGUACAGCGAUCUCUAUCUGAAGACCGACGUUCUUCUGCUCGCGGACGUGUUCGAAAAUUUUCGUGCCGCUUGCUUGGAGAGUUACGGUUUAGAUCCCGCGUACUACUUCACGCUGCCGGGAUACACGUGGGACACGAUGCUUAAGUACACGGGGGUCCGUUUCGAGCUGCUCACCGAUAUCGAGAUGAUGAUGUUCAUGGAACGCAGAAUACGCGGCGGUCUGAGUCAGUGCUCUAACAGAUACGCUCGCGCAAACAACAAAUACAUGAGCGCGUACGAUCCGUCGCGACCGUUGAUCUAUCUGAUGUAUCUCGAUAUCAAUAAUCUGUACGGUUGGGCGAUGUGUCAGCCGUUGCCGUACGAGCGAUUCGAGUGGGUCGACGACCUCGAGAGUUUCGACGUGAUGUCCGUGACGGAGGACUCGACCGUCGGCUACAUUCUCGAG